AUGGCGAUGCGGCCAUUAGUGCACUCCGGCCUGGCUGGCUGCUGCACGAUUGUCUCGGUAUUCGGCGUCGUGUGUCUGACUGUCAUCGGAUAUGGCUUUUCGCAUAACUGGGAAGCAUUCAUGGGCUCAACAAGGGGCCCGAAGGAUGGCCAAGCAGUAGGGUCGACAUGCUACACCGUCGCUCUUAUCUACCUCGCCUUCGUUGUAUUUUGCACCUGCCAGCUCGGAGUGCAUCGGCGGUAUAGCCGCAUCCAGAUCUGA